AACGGCCCGUCCCAAACACCCGACAGCCUAGGAUACUGGCAUCAUUGAUAGCAGAAAGUCUCAGAAACCAUGGCCAAACUACCACUUGAGGGCAAGACGGCCAUCGUAACUGGAUCAUCUAGAGGGAUCGGGGCAGGAAUUGCAUUAGACCUUGCGCAGAAAGGAGCCAAUGUUCUUGUCCACUAUAAUUCUGAGUCAAGCACAGCUGCAGCUGAAGAAGUGGCGGACAAAAUCCGCGCCUUCGGGAGGAAGUCGACCACACUGAGGGCGAAUCUCUCUAAUGUAGACGAACUCCAGAGCAUCCUUGACUGCGCCUUGAAAAAGGUGAGCGAAACAGGCAAGAUUGAGAUCUUGGUACACAAUGCGGCUGUUGGGAGAGAUGCACUUCUGAAAGAUACGACGCUCCAGUUCUACGACGACCACGUCGACUGCAACAUCCGUGGACUCUACUUCCUGACACAAAAAGCAUUGCCGCAUCUGCCCCGGGGCGGUCGCAUUGUCAUCGUCUCAUCCGUUGCUGCGCGACUUGGCGUAGCUACUCAGGGCAUCUACUCGGCCACGAAAGCUGCUGGCGAGGCUCUCGCUCGAGUAUGGGCUAAGGAGCUGGGACAAGAGUAUGGUAUUACUGUCAAUUGCAUUAACCCGGGGCCGGUAGCAACAGAUCAGUGGCGUGCGAGUUCCGAGGAAUUUUUAGAGGCUAUGCAGCCCGUCAUUGAAUCGACGCCUGCCGCGCCAAGAGUAGGAGAAAUUGAGGAUAUAGCACCUCUUGUUUCGUUCCUGUGCACCGAGGAGGCGCGCUGGGUGACGGGGUCUGUCCUUUCAGCUAACGGAGGCUUGUACAACUGA